GACACUCACACUACACUGGGUGACUGACGCCACAGCCAGAGACGCUCGCCUCCAGCCCCUCCACAAUAGCAGCAAGCCGCGCGCUGUGCAGCCGCUCCAGACAGCUCAGCACGUCACAGUUUAAGGCAGAGUUGUGGCUUUGAUGACAGUCAGCCAGAGUCUUCCGUCUAUUACCGGAGUGUAAACAUGGCCGACAGCGCCAGUGAGAGUGACUCGUCCUCCGUCACUGACGGGCCAACCAUGCAGCCCCCGUCCAUGCCACCCUCACCCAUCACGAGGGAGCAGUGGCAGAAGAGAAUAGACUGUUUACAGCAGCAAAACCGUGUUCUCAGGGCUGAGCUGGAGACGUACAAGCUGCGGGUGAAGAGUCUGCACGAGGAGAACAGGGCGUUGCGGCAAGCGUCUGUCAAUAUUCAAGCCAGAGCUGAGCAAGAGGAGGAGUUUAUCAGUAACACUUUACUGAAGAAAAUACAGGCUCUAAAGAAAGAAAAGGAAACUUUAGCUCUCAACUAUGAGCAAGAAGAGGAAUGCUUGACAAAUGAUUUGUCUCGUAAACUCAGUCAACUGCGUCAAGAGAAAGUGGAACUGGAGCAGACUCUUGAACAGGAACAGGAGUGCCUUGUUAACAAGUUGAUGCGCAAAAUAGAGAAGUUGGAAACGGAAACGGCAGCAAAACAAAACGACCUAGAAACUUUAAGGAGAGAAAAGAUUGAAUUGGAAAAUACACUGGAACAGGAACAAGAAGCCCUAGUCAAUAAACUAUGGAAGAGGAUGGAUAAGUUGGAAGCUGAGAAAAGGAUGUUGCAGGGUAAACUGGAGCAGCCAAUCUCAAACCCACCGUCACCAGCAGACUUUAAUCAAGGUGACCGUGCAAAUAACUUAUCUUCACACAUACAGCACCUGCGGGAUGAAGUAUCUAGGUUUAGAGAGCAACUCACUAGUGCCCAGGAGGAACACAAUCGCACAACCCAACAGUAUGCAAAUGAAGAGCGUUUGAUUCGUGAGGAGAAUCUACGUCUUCAGAGAAAAUUGCAAAUGGAAGUUGAGCGAAGAGAGGCCUUAUGUCGACACCUCUCUGAGUCUGAGUCGAGUCUGGAGAUGGAAGAAGAGAGGCACUACAAUGAAAUCACCUCCCACCGUCACCGAACACUCUCCAGUCCAGUGCCGUACAAUCCUUCUCCCAGUCCAUCACGUCCACUUUCUCCAGGUCUUUCCAGUUAUAGUGGUGGACGUGACCUGUUCUCCCCUCCAAGCCCUAUGGGUCGUUGUCCCCACUGUGGCCAGGUGAUCAUCCACCAUCCUCCGCCCUCUGUUCCUCCACCUAACUACUUGCCCUCAGCAUCCCCUCCCCCUCCACCUGUAAUAUCUCCAGCAUUCCAGAGACUUGGUCCUCGAACUUCACAAGAACGGUUUGUGAAGCCCAUUGCUCCUCCCCCAAGCAGCUCAGCUUUGUUGGCCACUCCAGCUUCCCAUCAUACAUCAUCUAAUACUACAUCAGGAUCAGCCUCUAGUUCCACGCCUCCUCAUCCUCCUCCUCCGCCUGUUCCAGCCCCACAGCUGCCCUCCUCUCCUCACCCUGUUGCCCCGCCUUCUCCCAUGGAUGUGAGCCGCAAUUGAUGGAGAAUGCCUUGGAUUUGUGGUAAAAAAUCUCUUAUAUCACCUGUAGAAAGGUUGCUAGUAAGCUUUAUAUCAUGAUUAGAAUUGGAAAUUUAUUUUCUCUUAUUUGUGGAUAUAAUGUUGUGACUUGUGAUAGAAGAGAUACUGAUAAAAGUGAAUUGGGGCAACUUCUUGAAAAACUUGCGGACAACAGUGAAUUGUGAAUUGUGUAUGCCACAGAUGUCCUGAUGAAAUUCAGUUAAUGAAACUUAUGCAGAUUUAUGGCAGUCUUAGAAAGUGUAAUUUAAGCUAAAUGUGAUAACUGCGUGAGAUAAAUACAUAAGAAAGAUGUUAAUAGAAUAAUUUGAAGAAAUGAUGUUAGUGUAAGAGGUGUGGAAGCAGUGGCAGUGAAAUGGACUGUUUCUAUCUGUCUUCCUCUGAUGGUCUGUCUGUCUGUCUGUCUGUCUGUCUCUUUCAAUCAGUUUUUGUCAAUCUAUUUGGCAGCAAAUCUAUAAUCUUCUGCCAUAAUCAGUCAGUCAGUUUUUGUCAGUCAGUAUGUCUCAGACAGUCAAUGUCUGCCAGUAUCAGUGAGUAUGUCUAUUUGCACUUCACCCCCCUUCUCUCUCUCUCUCUCUCUCUCUCUCUCUCUCUCUCUCUCUCUCUCUCUCUCUCUCUCUCUCUCUCUCUCUCUCUCUCUCUCUCUCUUUUGAAAUUGUGAUAUCAAGCCUGCUUGUUGUUGGACAACUGUAUGUCAGUGUCUUUAGAAUUUAGUGCUGAAUUGAUUCCCUUAGAUGAAGAUACACUAAUAUUUACCCUGAUUGUAGCACAGUUUAUUAUUUUGUUUUACAGUGUCUGUGAAGCUAUAAUAAACCAGUUUAUGCACAACUGCUCUAUUUGAAAUUUGUGGUAAUAUGAUAACAUUACCAAAUAAUUAGGUGAUGGUAUUUUCUUGUUAUGGGUUCAUUAUUACUGGUUCAUAGUUCAUAUGACCUUUAAAUAAGGUCCAAAGAUGAGAAAAAUUAAGUUAAAAUAACCUUAUGUAAAAUUAUUAUCAAGCAUAUAAUUACAAGUAUAUCUUGUAAAUUUGUCAACAAAAAAAUAAUUGAUUUUACAGAUAAAGUUGUUUUUAUCUACAUACUGUUUUUUAGUAUGGAUGGACAUAUCUUUGUAUUUAUACAGGUAUGUAGGUAAGUACAUAAUGCUUAUGAAACUAUGUACAUGAACACAUGAGUACUUAAUAUGUUGUAUUUAUCACUUGAUGACUUCAUUACAUUGCUGUGCCUAUCAUGCAUCACCAAUGCUAAUGACUGACUGCGUGUAAGCAACUCUAAUUGUCAUUUACAUGUAGAGUCGUGGCAGCUUGAAAAUUGAUGGAAAAUACUUUGAGCAUAUAUAUAUAUAUAUAUAUAUAUAUAUAUAUAUAUAUAUAUAUAUAUAUAUAUAUAUAUAUAUAUAUAUAUAUAUAUAUAUAAAAUGAUAUUUGUAUCAUAGUUAAAUAGAAAAGGUUGGUUGGGGAGUUAUUUUUUAAUUAUGGCAUUUUGAUGAAAGUGCUACAUGAUAUUUCUUUGGAUUUUUAAGUCACUGGCUUUGAUCUAUACUAAUUCUUGCAGAAUGAUACAGUGUUCUUGGGUGGCUUGGGUUUAAUGAUGUAACUUUAACAUUUGAGUGAAAUAUCUUAGUAAAUCACUCAUGAAGAAUGGAAUAAACUGUGCUGUAUUACUGUCAUGAAGGAGAUCUUUUGAUAUAUCUUUUUCAUUGCACAUUGCUAUGAGCUGGAAUUCCAACGCUCACCAGAAGAUGCAUGCCCACCGCAUGUAUGCAUAACCAUACCUUAUAAAAGUAUAUAGUCAGUUUCAGUUGAGUCAGUCUUGCGCGUUUACAAGAUUGACCAAAUGGAUGUUAUAUACCUGCCUCUUAGCAUUCUAGGCAUUCAAGACAGACAAAUUUUUGCUGAAUUAUGGGGUGAUUGUAUUACUGAAGCAUCGAAAGAUGACAGAUACCUAAACAAUAUCUUGAAUUGGCAGUGACAAGACAAAAUUAUGUUUUGAUAGUUUCAUUGCUAUUUCUGAAUGUUAACUUUUUCCAUGUAUCUAAUUUUUUUUUAUAAUUGUAGUUUGAUCUUGUUGCAUGUUAUUUUGGCUGCACAUAUUUUUUCACCAUGUCUGUGAUGAUUUUUUUUUUUGUAACAGGCAGAUAAACCAACUUUAUCUGUACUGUAAUUGAAUGAUUAUUGAUUAGAUUUAUGCAUGUAAAUUUAAUUCAUAAAAUCUGAUAAAAUUACUAGUGUAUAUAGUUUGAGUGAUGCAUCAGGUAAAUUGUUAUUUGCUUUACACUGCCCUCAGAUUUUGUUAUCUGCUUUGCAUUUGUGCUCUAUCAAAACUAUUCACAUGCAAAACUAAACUCCUCAGUUUCUUCUUGACUAGCAAAGCACAUGUAAACCUGUAAGCAGUUACAGUGUGAGAGGUUUGAGUUUGAUAUCUUCUUGGGAAUAUAUACUGAGUAUGAUGAUAGUGGUGCUUACUCCUAGAGUAUAUUUACUGUACUGAGAUUUUAUAUUCAGCAAGUUAACUUACUUAGGAAAAUUUAUAUUAUUCAAAGCAAUAAAUUUAUUCAGAAACUCCA